ACAGAAUUCUUGCUGCCCAUGCUAAGAAACUCUAGCCUAGAUUCAUGAUCACCCAGGGGAGCUGAGAUAUAGUCACAGGCAUGUUGUGAAUAGCUAAGCUGGGGGCAUAAAUGAGAGAGCGUUACCAAACCAAAGUCCAAGGGCCCAAUGCUUCAAAAGGCCAAAACUCAAAACAUCAGGGUUUGAAGUAAGUAAAGGUUUAUUGAUUGAAAAGGUGCCAACCAAGAAGAUGGGGGACCUAGUGGUGCCUCAAAUCCAUCUUGCUUGCUGGGCUGGGUUAAGGGUUUUUAAAGGGCUAAGGGGAACAGGUGUGUGGAAGUGCUGGUGGGACAAGUGUUCGCUGGAGGACCUUGGAACUUGGCCAUUUAUGGUAAAGGGACGUCAACACCAGAUCUUCCUGGACAACAGACCCUUGGCUUCUGCUGUUCGAGGAUUCCGGUGUUCAAGUUCCGGUUAUGUCCUGGUCCUUUGGUCCCAUGGGGGUGGGGUCGGGGAGAGGGACGUGCAAGAUUUUGGUUCCAGGUGCAGCUGGGGCCCAAGUUCUCUCAUCUGCGCAUGCUUCACCUGCAUGACUUGUGGUUUUGGUCUGUUGUCUCUGAAAAGCAACUGAACACCUCAUCAAACAGAACAGAACCAUUCUGAGCUGGUUCCACAGUUACAAGGAGAAAGACAAAAGGGAGGGCGUCUAUACAUGGUCUCAUCUCUCCUAUCAUCCAUGCUUGUGCCUAUCACCAAUCUAUUGUAUUUUACCCCUUGUUCCCACAGACAGCUCCCCAGAAGAGAAUGGUUCUGAGAAACAGCUCCUCGGUGACUGAAUUUAUCUUUGGGGGAUUCUCAGAACAGUCAGAGGUCCAUGUCCCCCUCUUCUUCCUGUUCUUAGGGCUCUAUGUGCUUACUGUGGUGGGCAACUUGGGCUUGAUCACCUUAAUUGGUCUGAAUUCUCGCCUUCACACUCCCAUGUAUUUUUUCCUCUUCAACUUGUCUUCGAUAGAUCUCUGUUAUUCUUGUGUCUUUACUCCCAAAAUGCUGCACGACUUCGUGUCAGAAAAUAUCAUCUCUUACGCAGGAUGCAUGACUCAACUGUUUUUCUUCUGCUUCUUGGUCAAUUCUGAGUGCUACGUGCUGGUAUCCAUGGCCUACGAUCGCUAUGCGGCUAUCUGCAAUCCUCUGCUGUACACGGUCACCAUGUCCCCCCAGGUCUGUGCUCUGCUGAUGUUGGGUUCGUAUGCGGUAGGGUUUGCUGGGGCCAUGGCCCACACCGGAAACAUGCUGAGACUGACCUUCUGUGGUUCCAACAUCAUCGACCACUAUCUGUGUGAAGUUCUCCCCCUCUUGCAGCUCUCCUGCACCAGCACCCAUGUCAACGAGCUGGUGUUUUCUAUUGUUGUUGGAAUGGUCAUUGCAACAUCCAGUAUCAGCAUCUUCGUCUCUUAUGCUUUGAUUCUCUCCAGUAUCCUCCGCAUUCCUUCUGCUGAGGGAAGGUCCAAAGCCUUUGGCACAUGUGGCUCCCACAUCACCGCCGUGGCUCUGUUUUUCGGGUCAGGGGCCUUCACCUACUUAACAACCUCUUUUCCGGGAUCUGUGGGCCGGAGUAAAUAUGCUUCAGUCUUCUACACGAACGUCGUGCCCAUGCUUAACCCUUUGAUCUACAGUUUGAGGAAUAAGGAUGUUAAACUUGCCCUGGGCAAAACCCUGAAAAGAGUGCUUUUCUGAUGGUUCUGUUUGUAUCAGUGAAUUACUGAGAAGCAUCACAGUAUCUUUGUAUCGACAGGUGGGGAGAUUUUCAUCUUGUUUCUCUGUUAGGGUCUUCUCCCCACUUUAAAAAUUGGAAACGUCUUACUUAUACUCUUCUUGGGGAUUAUACUGUGUUGUACUACUUAAACUGGCCCAUUGUAUGAAUUUAGCAUUGAUUAAGUGGUUAUAAUUGACUUGACUCUAUAGUAGGCCCAAGAGAUUAAUAAGAUGAGGCCCCACACAUUCCAUCCUUUUCUCGGUAGGCUAACUGGGUUCUUGCCAGUGACAUGUCCAGCUGGGAGAUGGAGCAAAUGGUGGUAUGAGGGUCCAAGAGAGUGAAUUUGUUUGUUUUUUUUCUAUAGGAGCAGCCUUAGCAAAGACCAAACGUAGAUACCUUGGGGCCAUAGGUAAGAUAGUCUUCCAGUCCGCAGAAAGAUUGCUUGGCUAGGAAGAUCAUACAUUGUCUCUUUCAUAUACAUAAAUGUGCAUGCAAGAGAAGGCUUCCCCCGAGAGUUCUUCACAUAGUCUGAACUGUAAAGAUAAAUCAAAACGAAAAUAUUUCAUUUCCAAGUUCCAGAACUCUUAGGCCUUGGAAUAGUAACCAAGGGGUAGGCGGUCUUCUAACUGGGUCAGUUCCUUGGGCUCUGGGUGCUGAGGCUAAAAGCAAAAGAAGAACAAAGGAGGGGCUCCAUGGGCGCACAUGACUAUGUUCACUGCUGCCUCUGUUCUGCCCUGGAGAUCUGUGUGCAUUAGGGAGGGUUUGGGAAAAUUCUUCUAUCCUUUAAAGUACCUUUUAGACUUUAUCGUCUCUAAGAGCGUGUGUGUGUGUGUGUGUGUGUGUGUGUGUGUGUGUGUGUGUGUGUGACAGUUAAUUAUUAAUGAAUCAGGAAGAAAGAAAAGUCAUAUUACACUCUCAACUUGCGGGAAGACUUGGAAGGACCCAGAAUUCGAGUCCAGAAACCACUCUGAACUACUCGGUUGAAGGUGCUGCUAUUCUUGAUGGAAUAGCUUGGAUUUUGAGGAAUACCUCCCCAGAAACUGCCCUGAGCACAGGCAGGAAGGUGAACCUCGGGCCAGACCAACCCCUGUGGAGAGGCGGCGGGUGAAGACUCAGGAUGAAGCCAGAAGAAUGGGGCACUCGCUGAGCAGAGGCUGGAACGUGGGGUGUCCUUGAGGAGAACCUGUCAGAAGCGUUUCACACUUUUCUCUUGGCUGUGGGGAGGGUCGUGUAAAGUACCGAGUCUACAUAUUUUGCGUUGCUGCUAUUUCCCCAACUCUUCCACAACUUAGCCUAGUUUCCAAGCGUGUCUUGGUAUGAGAAACCAGGCAGCAAAGAGAAGUAAGGGUUUUCUCACAUUCGCUGCUCUGCUGGCAUCCAUGUGGGAGUAGUGACAUCGCACUGAGAAGAAAGGAAGUUCGCGUGUCCCAAGUCUCGGUCAGAAGCAAGACAUGCAGAGAUGGAGCUGAGAGCAGCCCGGGAGCACCUGCAGCGUGGAAGUGACUAAGGAGGAGACAGGAGACAAACCUUAAUUUCCCCCCAAAUACGCUAAAGAUGUGUGAAGGUGGAUUAUCCCUAGACCAGGGAUGGGCAAACUU